AUGGCUUAUUGCACGCUUCUCCACAACAAUCAAGGCGUCUGCAGCGUCAGCCUGUGCAGCUACGGCGGCCCCGGCGCGGGCGUGUGUGUAAAGGCGUACGUCAAGGGCCGCAUGACGCCGCGCCACCGCCUCAACCUGCGGCGCGAGAUGGAGAUCCUAUCAGACCUGCGCGCUCAGGGCGUCCCGGGGGUGGUUGAGCUCCUGGAUGUGUUCGAGUCCCCCGACUCGGUGCUGCUCUGCUUCACGGCCUGCCCCGGCGGCACACUGCUGGACGCGCUGCGGACGCAGUCCUGGGACGAGGCGCGCCUGCGCGACGAGGUGGUCCUGCCGCUGCUGCUGGUGCUGAGCCGCCUGCACGCCAUGGGCAUCGUUCACCGCGACAUCAAACCCGAAAACGUCUUCCUGGAUGCAGACGGCCGUGUGGCCCUGGGGGACUUCGGCCUGGCCAUCAACACCGCGACGGAGCGCCCCGUCAGCCGCGUGGGCACCGCGGGCUUCAUGGCCCCCGAGGUGCUGGCGCAGCCUGGUGCAGAGGAGGCGGCGGCGCUGCCGGCCGGGUGGCUGCCGAGUUACACCGACAAGGCGGACGUAUGGAGCCUCGGGGCACUGCUGGUGGAGGCGCUCACAGGCGGCGUACCCUUUGCCGCCUCUCGCCCAGAGGUCGCCGCCCUCAAGGCCACCUGCCAGGCACCCCCGCCCCUGCCGCCAGGCACCUCGGACUCCUGCACCGACUUUGUUCGCGCGGCCCUGCAGCCGGACCCGCUGCGCCGCCCCUCCGCGGCGCAGCUGCUUGCGCACCCAUGGGUCGCCGCCGCCGCGUGCCCGGCCGCGGACGCCGAGGCCGCGGCGGCGUGGCAGCGGGAGCUGCGGCGGCGGCUGCAGCGGCAGUGGCGCGACGACGCGGAGUGGUUCCGGCUGGCGUGGCCGGGCCCGCCGCCGCCGCCGCUCUGCGGGGUCCGCUCCGCGCUGUCCAAGGCCCUGGGCGCGCUGCUGUGCGGCCGCGGCGUCGAGGCGGCCUGA